AUUGUCACGGUAACAGUAAGUAUAAAAAAUGAAUUUCACUGAAUUUUUGCUGACCAUUCCCGUGCUCGUGAAUCUGUACGCUGGAAAGUAUAAUGAAGAUGACAAAACACAGACUAUGCUUGAGUUAGCUGCUGAAUUUAAUGUCCCGCAAAUAAAGGAGUACGACUUCAUAAUCGUUGGUGGUGGAACAGCAGGUUGCGUUUUAGCUAGACGCUUGUCAAAGGAAUAUGAACUCGGUAGGGUUCUUCUUUUAGAAGCCGGUGGAUCACCUCCUCCGGCUGCGAUAGUUCCUCAUUUCGCGGAAGUGGUUGGUCUCGAUCCAGACAUUAACAAUUUCUUCAACUCUGUUCCGAUGACCAACGCUUCCUUAAAAAAUGGUGGGAUUGCAAUAAAUCACACCGGCAAAAUGCUAGGUGGCUCUGGAUCCCAUAACGAAAUGGUUCACAGCCGAGGCAGUCCAAAAGAUUUUGAUAAUUGGGCUGAGAUCACUGGGGACGAGAGCUGGACCUAUGCAAAUGUUCUUCAGUAUUUUAAAAAGUCGGAAACUUUUGUUGCCGAACAGUAUGGAAAUGAAAACUUAGAAGAUUUUUAUGGGACGAAUGGUCCGUUGACUAUUGAUUCAAACCAUUCACCAAUGAUCCCGAUGUGGUUCAAGGCCGGCAGAGAACUAGGAUUCGAGACUGGCGAUCCAAACGGAUUUCAGAAAGAAGGUUUCGCGACUUUUAAUAUGGCUAUUAAUAAAGGGCGUCGUUCUAGCACCUAUUCCGAAUAUGUUGAAAAUUGGGAAAAAGAUCCACUAAACAAUGGAAAACUGACUGUCAUCCGUUAUGCCAAUGUUAAUGAGGUUCUUCUGGACGAGAAUAACCGAGCUUACGGUGUCGCUUACAAUCGUCACGGUAUUCCUCAAAUAGCUCACGCAUCAAAAGAGAUAAUUUUGAGUGCGGGAGCGUUCCAGUCGCCAAUGAUCUUAAUGAAGUCAGGAAUCGGACCUGCAGGCGUUCUACAAGAAGCUGGUAUUCCAGUGAAAGUAGCAAUAGAAGCUGUUGGAAAAGACAUCAGUGAGCACGCAUCGGUCACGUUACCCUUUAUUGUAAACGACACUACCCCGUUCGUUCAUGUAAAUUCAAAUGAAACCGAAAUUAUUCUCGAAAAUUAUCAUAACGGAUACGGUGUGCUGGCCACACGGCAUGAAGGAGCUCAGUGCUUUAUUAGAUCUUCCAAAGCCGAGCCAGACUGGCCUGAUGUUUGGAUAGCCUCACAUCCAACUCUUGCCAUUGAUGACGAACCUCAAAUCGUGAGAAUGUAUGUGGUUCUUGGACGACCAAAGAGUCGUGGAGAGUACACAAUGAAUGCUACAGCUUACAAGGAGGGCAUACGAGCCGACGAAAAAUUGGCACUUAUCAACUACAAACUUAUGACGCAUGAAGAUGACGUUGACGCUAUGAUUGACGGCAUUAAAAUGACAUUUAACAUUAUGGAAAAUACGAAUUCUUUCCGAGACAUUGAUGCAACGUAUGCUGAAAGUCCGGAGGAAGCGUGCAACGAAUUCGACGACCGUUCGGACGCGUAUUGGAAGUGCUAUAUUCAACAGAACACAAUUUCGUGGAUUCAUAUGGUGGGAACCUGCCGUAUGGGACCAGAUUCGGAUUCGUCCAACGACUCUGUAGUCGACUCGAAAUUGAGAGUUCGAGGUGUGGAAAAUCUGAGAAUCAUAGACGGAUCCAUAAUGCCGGCGGUUACAAAUGCAAACAUUAAUGCACCGAUUGUAAUGAUUGCUGAGAAGGCAGCUCACGAAAUCAGCCAAACGUGGACGCUGAAAUGACGCGAAAUGUAAGUACUUUGACCUUGGUAUAAAAAUCGAUUCAAACUCUGAUAUUCUGUCGGAUUAAAUAAAUUGAUUGAU